AUGAAGUUUUGGCGGGUUACAAGUGCGAGCUCUGUCGCCCAGUUCCAUCCCAGAGAAGGGUUUAAGGCACCAAAUGAAACAGACAGAAUUACGUUGGAUCCUCAAAACGAACGUGAAGCAAAAAUGCUCUUGGAUCAUACGACAAGGCAUUUGGAAUGGGGAAAUCGGAUUCCGACCUCAUUUAUCUCCACUUAUAUCAAUGACCGUCCGGCGAAGCACGAAGCCCAACGACGCGUUCAAGCAGGCGAGGAGGACGUCAUUCUUUGGGAGAUGGAAUUAGAUGAAGAUGUUGAAGACGAGAUAGAGUAUGCCGACAUGUACUUGAUGGCAAGGGAGCUUGGAAUUCGGAUCAAGGAUAAUGCGUUCCAUAAUGCGAGACAUGAAGUUGUGUUUGUGGAUCUGAUUCCGCGACGCUGUUUUGUUCGCCGACAAAAAUUGACAAACGGAAAGGGGCGUAAGUAA